CUGAGUAUUGACUAUUGAAUACUUAUAUUCUGUGUUUAAUUAUUUUAUAUAUUUAAUAAAAUGCCAAAAAAUUGUUGUGUGUGUGAACCUCAUAACAUUUUAAAACCAUACUUUAGUGUACCAAAAGAUGAAUUAAAAAAAAUGUUAUGGGAAGCAUUAUUAGGUAUAAAAUUGAAAAAAAGUGAUCGUGUUUGUGCUACACAUUUUAAUCAUCUGAUAUUGUUAGUACAUGGUCAAGUGGUGAAGAAGUAAAUAAGUAUGUAUACGGUAUGAAUUUUAAUUAUUUUUUAUUUACAUUUAUAUUUACAAUUGAGUUAAAAAUAAUACUGUUUCCUUAGAUAUGUUUGAAAAAAUCACAACUAAAAAAAGAUGCACUUCCAGUGAACAUUAAAAACAUUAGUCCUAUGAUACAGUCUGAUAUUGAAGUCAUCGAUAGUGAUCUAGUUCUUUUGCCGGCUAAAAAACAAAAAGUAGAACUAAUAACAUCACCAAAUUCCUUAUAUAGUAAGAUUUCAAAAAAUAUUUUAUUGUUAACUAUCCCAAAUAAUUGGUUUGCUAGUUUAGUAUUGUAUACACCCAAUAUUUUGAUGCCUACAUUUCAUAAAGUAACAUUACUUAAAGACAAUUAUAAAAUAUCUAUAGAAAAACAACUCAUUAUUACUGAAGGUAAUUAUUCUGUUAUAACAUAUCAAACACUUCAUGUUUAUUUUAAUCUUAAUUCAUACUAUUCUAUUUUAGAUUCUAAAUUAAUUAUACACAUAAAUGGGAAAGAAUUAGCUUUUUUGGAAGUUGGGUUAAGUGAUAAUGUUAUAAAAACCGAAGAUAAUGUAGAGGACUUACUAAAUAUUUUUGAUGAAAUUAAAUGUUGUGACAGAGUAACACCUUCAAAGGAAUUGUUGAAUUAAGUAUCCGUGUUUAGCCAAAAUAUUAUUGAAUCUGAUGGUCAAUGGAGACACAAAAAUUGUUCAAUAAUACUCAAAGAUGA